CCGCCGUCUGUCGCCACACCAAGUCGUUGCUUUGCUUUCGUUCUCACAGAGUGGGCAGUUUGGACAAGGGGCUACACUCAAAUCUGUUCUCUUUUAACGAGGUUUUUUUUUAAAAUCACUGUGCACUAUUUUUAGUUUCUGAAACUCGGACCGAAGACUACCGCAUCCUGCCAUCGUUGAAACUAGUUUGAAAUCUGCCCUGUUUACGAACCUCUUCCAGGACAAGGUUGAUCAGCAGUGAGCUAAGUGUAACGAAAUGAGGCCUUGCUGUUGUACCCCGUCUCACGGUCUGCGUUGCCUGCUCUACCAUCUCACUUUUUGCUUUCCGGCUCUUGAGCUGCAACGCACUUAAUGUGCAUGCGGAGUGUAUGACAACUGAUACUUGAAACAUGUCACGUUCACCAAUACCACCAAUACAUGUUGGUGCUACAGCACCUGAAUCAUUUACUGUGCUGCAACAUCGGAUCAUUGCAGCUGAGGAGCAGACAGAGGCAUUAAUUCAAGAGUUAGAUGACCUUGGAUUUGGUGUUGAGGACUCGGAGGCAUCCAAGAUUGGUGAAUGUAACAGUCACAGGCCUGUAAGUCCCUUCCAUGUCAGAAAAGCUUUUGGAACUGAAAAUGAUGUACUCUGGAAAAACUAUGAAUCUCUCGUGAGUCGUGUCUGCCGGUUAGAAAGUGUAAUACAAACAAUGAAGUUGAAUUUAUUUCGAAUACAGACGGCAAAAGAACUGAACCCAGAGCUUUCAGUCGAUCGACUAGCUGCCAUGGAGGAAGAACAUGUUCAAGAGCUAAAGAAAAUGCAGCGGGAGGUAAUGCACUUCCGACAGCAGUUGAGUGAAGUUAGUGAAAAAAAGGAGGCUGCUCAGGAAGAAAUAGAAAGGCUGAGUGCUGCUCUUGAGAUGGCCACAGCAACUAAGACGGAUGUGACUAUGGCAGCGGAAGAAUUACGUGUAAAAAAAGACAGAAUUAGCCGAAGAUUGCAAGAGAUGCAAAAGGAAUUGGUCCAGGAAGUGAGCCUCCGUAAAGCUCUGGAAGAAUCCCAUACUCACUUGCUGCAGCGUGUUCAGGAUAUGGAAAAUGCAGUGGAGGUUGAAAGAACGCAGGUCAAGGUCCUGCAGCAGGACAUAGUCACACUCAGGAAUGAUGGGGAGAUAACUCGGGAGAGCCUGCAGCUUGAGCAGCAAAAAACAAGUGAUUUGGAGAAAAUGAAUAAGCAGCUAAAAAUAGAAUCAGAUACGAAAGAAUCCAUUAUAUCUCAGAUGGCUGAUGAAGACAAAAAAGUACAACUGAUAUUAAGCAAACAGCAAGAAGAAAAAUUCAAACUUCAGAGUGAGAUUUUAUCGUUGAAGGAUGUGGCAGAAAAAAUGCAGGCUUUGAAUGACCAGCUAGAUACACAGUGCACUGAACUAAGUAGUGCACUAUGCUCUCUUUCUAUGGAGAAUGCUAAACUUAUAUCAGAACAUGAAGCAUCCCGAAAGGCUGAGCAGGAGAAAAUGGAUCUUCUACUGGAUGCAGCAAGAGCAGCUAUUUCAGCAGAACUGCACAGUGCAGUGAAUGAGAAGCAACGGCUAAAGACUGAGUUAGAAACGUUAAGAUUGGAGCAUACUGAGAUAAAGCAGAAACUUGAAACAGUGGAGGAAAAGGCAACAGCACAUAAGUUGCUUCUUGAGUCUGCAAUUGCCCAGCUGAAAGAGGAAUUAAAGGCUGCAGUUAAUGAAUGUGAAUGUAUUAAACAAGGAAGGCAAACCCUACUGGACCAGACAAAUAAAACAAUUGAUAAAAUUACAGAGGAGAAGAACAAAUUUGAGAAACAGCUGACUGAAAAGCAGCUUAAGGUGGGUGCAUUGACUGCUGCUUUGGAGAAACAGGAGAAAGAAAAAGAACAGCUUGUAAAGCAAUUAGCAGCUCUAGAACGUCAGCAGCAUGCACAGGAGCAGGUGGAGCAUGCCCUUGCUGAAAUAACAGAGAGUAAAAACAAGUUGGCAUAUGACAAGGGAAGGCUACAGGCCAGAGUGGAGCAAUUACAGGAAGAAUUGCAGUGCAUGUCUGAUGUCAACUCUGCAAAUAUUCAAUUACAGAAAUGUAACACAGUUCUAGAAACCAAGUAUACUCAGGCGCAGUCGCUAUUGAAACAAAAAGAGGAAGAUUUUGCAAUAGUAACUAAAUCUCGUGAUGAAGCAUUUCAAGAAAUCCAAAAGCUAAAAAAAUAUAUAGAGGUGAUGGAAGUGAGAGAAACUCAUAAGAUUGCAAAACCUCAGGAAAGUUUGACAUAUUCUAAGCAAGAUAAUAGUCAAAUGACAGUGACUCUAGAAGAUGUAUUGGCAUCGCACAUAAGACUCCAACAGACAGUGGAGAGUCUACAAAUAGAACCUGGACAAAGAGACACAGCGAUAAGUUACUUGCAACGGGACAAGGGACUAGAAUUCAAGGGUGCUAAAGUUGAAUCCAAGAUGUUCACUGAACGGAUCGAAGCCCUGAAAAAACAGUUCCAAAGUGGAAAAGGGAUUGAGAUGAAGGCCAGUCAGAAAGAAAUUGUGGAACUUAAAAAAUGUCUAACUGAUGCUACUUCCAAGACUGCAGAAGUGUCACGAGCCAAUAGAGAAUUGCGACUGAAAGUUUCUGAAUUUGAGAAAACGAUAAAAAGUCAGAAAGCAAAGAUCAAAGAUCAAAAGAUUCAACUAAAGCAUCAUCUGGAGACCAGAACAACCUAUGCACAAAAUACAGAAAGAAUGAAGGAACUUGAAGCAGACUUAAAACAGAUGGAGACAAUAAAAGAACUGUAUCAGAAAAAGAACUAUGAGCAGUCUCAAAUGAUACAGAAGUUUAUGACGGAAGUGCAGAGUCUACAAGAAGAGCUUCAAAAUGUGGCGAAGUGUCAGCUUGAGUCAGCAUCCCUCCACAAACAGCAAGAACUCCAGUUAAAGAAGGAACAUAAGUUAAGUCAAGAGCUGAGGAGUAAGUGUCAGACUCUUGAAGCAAAAAUAAGAAGUUUGCAAAUUUGCAAGGAAGUGACUGAGCAGAAGCUGAAGGAAGCUAGUUUGGAGUCACAACAGGUUAGUGCAAACCUAGAAGAAGCACAUCAGUGGUUUAAGUCCAAAUUUGAUAGUUUGCAAACAGAACUAUUGAAAAUGCGUGGAAUGGAUCCGUCAAAAGAAGAAUUAUGUGACAGAGACAAUUUACUGAAGACUGGCACAGAAAAAUUAUGUUCAAGGUCAAGACAAAGAGCAAAGGUUUUACUAUGGAGCUAUAGUUCCACUUGGCUGAUUAAGAACAUCUUUGACUUUCACUGGCUGCCAUUGGUAUAUGUGGGAGGAAUUUACAUUUUAAUUCACAUUUUAAUAUUCAAUCUGAACACACUGACUUUGAUCAUCCAUACCGGAUGUGGAACUUGAACCCAGAGCUUCUAGUUCCGAGACCAGGAUGCUACCCACUGCGCCCUUUCGACUUAUACUACAGCAAAAUCUGGUGAAAUACAUUCAGAUGGAAACUUGACAGGUAAAAUAGUCUUUUUGUAAAUGACACUGAAAAUAACCUUUUUCACCUCUGAUCAUGUGAUGACAAAAAUAACAUUCUGUUCUUUCUCCUUUAUUACUGGUUGCUUAGAUGAGAAAGAUUAGCAAUUUGCCAUAUUUCAAAAGUGGGCAAAACUGAAACAAUACAAUAGCUGCAAAACAUUUGGUCAGAUUAGCUGCAGAUAAACUGGUUUGAUUUUGAGCUGUGUUAUUGAUUGUUUUUAUAUCUGUGCAAAUGAUGUUCAUACAGGUGAUGGAUAUAUACCUUUGCAGAUCAAAGGUUAACACAACAGGUUAGAUUUUAUUAGCUGCCAUGGUCCCAGUGCCUCACCCCUGACGAAAAGGGGAGCCAACCCGUGUUACACAACAAUUUAACACUGACAGCAAUAUCAAUUGCUUCAAUGCAAAAAUCCAGCCCCUUCCAUUAGAUCAGAUAGGCCAGUGGUUGUGUCAUCCUAGCAGCACCAUGGGGAGUCCGGUGUUAGUGAACAUGAAGAGGGAAUUGAAUGAAGGGUGUAGAUGGGAUCUGAGUUUGAGAGACUGGUUGGAGGGUUAAAGGGGAGUGUUGACCUUGAGGUGUAGGGGUACGGGUGUCUCUUUUCCAAUUGCUCAGCACAGCUGUAGCUGCUGGGCUUCACACAUUGCAUGUCCUUGCCCUGCCCUUUUAUGGACGGGGCUGAAUAUGAACUGUUAAGUCCCCCAAGAGCCAGAAGUUCAUCAGAAGUUCCCCAUUGCAUCUUGUCCCACUUGCCUGCCCAUAUAAACGGGGUAGGUGAUGGUAAGGUCAUUAAGUAGAUUUUACCCCCUCCAAAUCCACCAGUACUAGGGUAGAAAAUCGAGCUCAAUUGUUGCUGCUUUGUCUUUUAAAAAAGAACUUUUAAUUUGGAAGGGCUUUUGUGUAUUUUUAAGACAUCAAACAUGUUUAAAAUGUUUAAGCAUUUAAGUAACCAUACAUGUUUUUGUGUGAUUAUGUAAAUUAAUUAUGGGGAAAACACUCCGAUUGCCAUAAUUAAAAAAUGCAUAUAGACCGCCAUCGAUAGUGUUAGUUUUGUGCCUAGAAGCGGUCUUAAAGAUUAUCGGUGAAUAAUAACAUUUAUUAGUGACACUAUAAGGAAAAUGUCCAAUGUCUUUAUUGUGUAGCUAUUAACAAACAGUCAUGAGAAAGAACAGGAAACUGAAUUUGUUUUACUGGUUAACCAAUAACAUUUUCUUAAACCUUAGUUCUACAGUCGACUGGUGGAUUUGCAUAAAUAGUGAAAAGAGAUUUCAUUUUUAGAUGAAGUUUGAAGAUUUUAACUAAAGUGUCUUUUCAGCCUCUCAACUUAAAUUCACAAAGAUGCAGAUAUUUAAAGAUGCAAAAGAACUUGUUCCAACUAUUGAAAAUAUAGCAACCAGCUUAAGUUAAAUUAUUUAAAUACUAGACAGAAGGAAUGUUUACGUUUUAAUAGCUUUUGCAGUUAACUGUACUGGUUUUAUAUAAAUUAAGUUAAAUUAUUAGAUUAGUUAUUGCUGAUAAAGUUUUACAUUUUCCAGGGAAUAUUAAUGACACUGACCAACACUGCCACACAAACUUUGAUUAAAGGGUCUCAGAACCCAUUUGCACACUUAAAAGAGAUUUUCUUGCUCUUUCUGUUGUGAUAUUAGAAUAAGAGUUUCUCAUUGUAUCUUUUGCCUUUGGCACUUUCAGAUUGGAUUACUCUUGUCUAUCUUGGCAACCGUUCCAUCUUCCAUAAACUUCAGUUGAUGCAAAUUCUGCUGCCCAUAUCCUAUCCUGUAUCAGGUUCUGCUUCUCUGUUACCCCUGUUUUCAAUUAUCUUCAUUGACCUCAAGUUUUAAAAUUCUGAUUCUUAUGCUUAAUUCUCUUCAUGACUUUAUCCUUCCCUAACUCUGUAAACACCUCUAGUCCACUCUGUCGACAUCUUCCCAAUUUUUUGUCCUGCUCUUUGUAGCAUAUUGUGAAACUUCUUUGAAAUAACCCCACAGAGGCCGGUAUUUCGUCAUUGUUUUGGCAUUUUGCUGUGGGCUGAUGUGGAGUCCAUCUAUUCAGGAUAUGUCCUGAGUGAGGAUACGCAAUUGCCUUCCAUCAAGUGGUGUUCCUCAAGCUCAGUCAGGCUGGCAAGGGUAUCCACUUCCAUCAGAAUGCCCUGCAAGUCAUAUUCUCCACUCGCCAUAUUUUCCAAAGAUUCACCCGGUUGGAGUGCCUGCUUGAAGUCCAGUUGGGCUUCAGCUACUAGGCAUUUUUGCAUGGUUACAUCGUUAAUCCCACAUACCAAAUGGUCUCUCAAUAUCUCAUUAAUGGUUGAACCAAAGUCACAAGCAUCAGCCAGUCAUCUGAACCAAGACAAAAAUCCCAAUAUGGAUUCCCCAGCUUUUGAAUUACUGAGUAAAAACAAUGGCAUCUUAGAAUUAAAGAAGGCUUGGGUCAUAAUAUUCUUUAAGUCUGUCAACUCUUGAAACGUUCUAGUAUCUGGUGCCUCAGGGUAAGUUAGGCUCCUAAUAACCAAAAAGGCUGCGGAUCCAAAGGUGUCAGAAGAAUUAUUCAUUGCUUUUCAUAUGUUCCAAAGUCAUUUGCCCAAGGGGACAAAAAAGCAUUCUUUUCAUAUACUGGCCCAGUCUUCGAUGGCAGGACCAAACGAGUCAAGCUUCCCAAAUAAAGGCAUGAUGCCAUAAAUGCUUUCCCCAAUUCAAGGCCAACUGUUGCAAGCAAAUUUCUUCAGGAUCAUGCUUUUCUGUCAUCACCACUGAAAUAGUUCCUCAGAGGCUGGUCUCCCAUCAUCAAGUCACUUUUUAUUUACGUAUGGAAGGUCUUUGACACUCAUCUAGCUGCCUCAAAGCCAGCUCUCAGAGUGCUAGGAUGUCUGACACUCCCUUUUUUUAUGUCAGUCAGGGCUCACUGAUUGGACUAGAUUAACAACCUUAAUCAGGGAACUCCAAUUCAAGAAUUUCUUCCAUAUAUCCUUCCAACAUUUCAAUAUGCAGAUGAGUGCACUAUUUUCCAAACCCAUUUAUCUUUUUUUUCCUGUUUGCAUUUAGGUUUUCAAACAGUCAAAGCAAUCAAAGUGAAUUUAUUUUCCAGCAACACCACCAGGUUUUUCAAUGGAAAUCUGCUCAUCUGAUUUGUCUGGAACAAGAAGAGAAUUAACAUACACUUGACAGGCCGGUUACACUACAAAGGAGUUCCUUUUCCAUAUGUUGGGUGGGUGAUGGCUCCUUAUCCUGUAGGAAAAUGCUCUAUGUAAAUACAAACUGACUGUGAAGUUGGAUGCUACUUUAGUCAUGUCUUCAAUACAUUACAUGAAAGAAGACAUACUAACAUUAUCAGAAUUCAGCAAAAUCUAAAUGCCAAGAUUACUAACAAGUUAUUAAUCAUUUCUGCAACUCCUGCCACACUGGCAGUAAACAUAAAGUCAUAUCUUCUCAGGGCCUGAGUCAGAAUAAGAACAUGUGUAGUGCCAUCUGCUGUAAUUGUAUAAUAUAGGACUGACUUAGCUGAAACUUGGUUGAGGCAAAUGGGUAUUUUGAAGGAUGGUGCUGUUAAGUGACAAUUCUUCUCGUAAUUGUCAUAUAUACCUUGACUUCAGUAAUUAAACAAAGUUGAUGCAGAGGUGGUCUGUUGCUUGAUUGCAGACUUGUACUAGCAGCUAGAUUUUCCUUUUCCUUCAUUUUUGCCUGUCACUCAUUAGUUCUCUUUCAGCCGUGGAAAGGUUGCUAGUGGAUUGAAAUGCCUUCUGAGAUUUUCAGAUGCUCUUCAGAUCCAUCUGAAAUUGCACCUUCAGUGAUGGAACUGACUGAGGAAGAUUGGAAGCAAUCUUCCCACUUCCAUUUAUCUAAAACACAUGCAUUAAUGUAAUAACAAAUGUUCACGUAGAUGUCAAAUUUUAAGGGAACUGAGACAACUAAAGGGAAGGGUUAUGAUAUGAGGGGACUAAAAUUUAAUCACCCUUUGAGAUCCUCAGAGACCAUUUUAACCAACUGCCAACCUUUUCCAUGACUGACAAUGAAAAUAAUAAUAAAUGAUAAUACCAAAAGUGAAAAUCUUAACUUUUUGGGAAUUAUGUAUUUUGUCAUAACAAGCAAAUUGCCUGGGAACUGGUGGAGUGCAUUCAACUGAAAAUCUAUUUUGAUUGAUAAUUGUUUAUUAGUAUUAAAAGAAGUACAUUAAAACUGUGGAUUGAAUUCAUAUAAUUUCUAUGUUUUAAAUACUGACUUUUGAACAUUAAACUGAAGUAUGAAUUUGUCUCUACAAGUCUCCUUCUGAAAUCCAGAUUUGUCCAGCAAACUUAUAGAAACAAAUUAACUAAUGAAAUGUAAAAAAAAAUGCAAUAAUGUAUGUACAGUCAAUUAUAGUGUAAAAUCCAUUUUAUUUAGUGUGAAUAGCUGUGAAAUUUUACUUUUUUAAUAAAACAAUGUUUCUGUGACUAUGCUUAUUUGAAGAA